AUGUCUGACAGAGGAAAGGAUUCUGUGAGUUUUCUGGGCCGUUCCCGCUCCUUUCUCUUUUGGGACAUGGUAGAGUUGCAGGAGGAAGAGCAGGACAAUUUGGACAUAGAGGACCUUACUUCAGAGGAGCUUAGGGUUCUGGAAAGAAAAUUAAAAAAGGAGCGCAAGAAGGAGGAGAAGAGGAUUAAAAAGGAGAAAGAAGGUCUUGUUGAAGAGAAAAAAGAAGAGCCGCAAAAGCCUUCUGCAGCAGAACUUGCAUUGAAGUACUUGGAAGGUUGGUCCAAAAAACAUACAGAAUGGAAGUUUCAAAAAACAAGGCAAACCUGGCUCCUCAUGAAUAUGUAUGAUGAAGAGAAGGUUCCUGACAAGUACUUUCAGAUUCUGUUGGACUACUUGGGUGGUCUGAAAGGAAGCGCACGCGAGACCACAAUACAGAAAGCGGAAGCUUACAUGAAGGAGUGUGACAGCAAUGAGACGGAGGAAGAGGCGGAUUCGCAGAAGAGAGAGAGAAUUCGAGAAGUCUUACAGCUCCUGUCAUAGUGUUUGGGAAAUUCUACAUUCCCUCUAGACGAUAGUAUAUCUUGUUUUUAUUGUACUGAAACCAUGCCUCUG